GUUUUUAACUUUUUCCCAUGCGUAGACUUGGAAAAGCUUGCUACGUCCCUUCAAAUUGAAUAUCCUACCUUGACAUCUGAAGAGGUUAUAAGGGUUCUCGCAUCGGUACACUUAGAUGCCGAGGUACUUAUACGGAAUUCCCCUGAGAAAACAACUUCUGUACCUCUUUCAGCAUAUAAGAGACCUUUGAUGAACUCCCCAAACGAUGCCCAAAUUUGGCCUCUGCGUGCACCUGUUGUUACGAUUCUAGGACACGUUGACCACGGUAAAACAACGCUUUUAGAUGCAUUAAGAAAAACCAAUGUAGCUGCUGGAGAAGCUGGAGGAAUUACACAGCAUAUAGGGGCAUUCUCAGGUAGCAAGGAUUGUAGUCUCCCCUUUAGUGUGUAUACUCCAGGACAUGCUGCAUUUACAGAGAUGAGGCGACGUGGUGCAAAUGUCACCGAUAUAGCGGUGAUUGUGGUCGCAGCCGAUGAUGGAAUUAUGCCUCAGACAAUUGAGUGCAUAAAACUGAUAAAAGAAUCGCAGAUCCCAGUCAUCAUUGCGAUUACAAAAUCUGAUUUGGUCGUUGGGAGGCCUUCAAACUCGCUACUUAUUAUGAGGGAACUUGCGCGUUAUGAUAUCCAUGUGGAGCCUCUGGGUGGUCCCGUUCAAAUUGUCAAUAUUUCGGCCAAAAUAGGAAAAGGAUUGCCCGAUUUGCUUGCCGCAAUUUCUGCUCUUGGGGAACAACUAGAUCUUAGAGCUCCAGGAUUGGAUGCUGGACCUUUCGCCUUGGAUGCUUACGUUCUUGAAGCAAAGACAAUUCACGGAUUGGGCCCUACAGCUAAUCUAUUGAUCAAGGCUGGAAGCCUUUCUUUAGGCUCUAUUAUUGCUAGCCCCGAUGCCUUAUGUAAAGUUCGGAAAAUCUCUGGAAACACCAAGGUUGCAUUGCCUUCUCAGGCAGUUGAAGUGAGCGGAUGGCGGUCGCUUCCAGCGGUUGGUUCACACGUUCGCUACUUGGGAGAUUCUGAGAAACCAGAUUUUUUUGAUGACAUGAAAGAUGCUCUGCAAGCGCUAAAAGCCUACGACAGUGACGUUGUUGAGAAGCGGAUAUCUCCCGAUUCCCUAUGUGAUGUUUCGGGAUCUGUUGAGCCAAUUUCUCGUGUAAUUAAUUCAUUGGGAAGGAAUCCAAAAGUAAAAAUAAGAAUUAUCAGAGCAUCUGUUGGCCAUCCCACUCAAUGGGAUGUCGACUAUGCAAAGCUUGCAGAAGAGAAUCCAAAGAUAUGUGAAUAUGCCUCAAAUCUCAAACAAAAAAUAUACGCCUUUUGCAUUGUAUACGAGUUAGCAGACAGGUUAAAGACGCUAAUGGAAAGUAUGCUACCACCAAUCACUAUUGAAACAAAACUUUCAACGGCCAGAGUUAAGCAGGUUUUCAACAUAUCAUUCAACAAAGCAAAAGGAGGGGAUUCUCUUAUCGCUGGAUGUAUCAUAGAAGAGGGAAUCAUGAAAAAUAGCUCAUCCACAUAUAUAAGGAUACGGAGGAUGGGAGAUCUCAUCUAUUCUGGCAAGAUAAAAGAGCUUAAAGUGCAUAAGGAUACCGUGACAUCUGUAUCUAGAGGAAAGGAAUGUGGCAUGCACUUUGAUCCCAAGGUUGAUGAUCUUCAAAUGGGCGAUGAAAUUCACCUGGUCUCCCUGCACAUUGAAAAGGACAAGCUCCAAUUUGAAAUCCCAUAA